UAACCGUACAUUAAUUUUUAUUUAAAACGAUUCCCUCAACAGUAACAAAUAAAAAGCCAUUCGAUUAUUCAAUACGUAAAUUGGCGGUAAAACGUUUAAAUUCUUCGUUCAAAAGAUUCUGUCGCCAAGAGAAAAGUAGAUGCGCGCGACGGUCCCUUUCUUAUGUAGCUGAUUUCCUAUUGGCUCUCACGGUCCGCCAUCCCAUGGUGGCGUAGUGAUACAGCCCUUGGAGGCAGGUGCGCGCGCACUGGGGAACUACUUUCAGCGCGUUAAGCGAACAAUAGGGAUACCAGAAGUGUUUCGGACGCGGUCGUGUUCGUAUACGGUUGCCGCAUGUUUUUUUCUCGUGCUAGCUCGCGUGAACGUGUAUACACUUUUACUGGACGGUGUCGGAGGUGACAUAGAUUUCGGACGAUGUGCGUGGUCAAGUGACGGUACGCGGAUCUUACACUGAAGUGCACCGAAGUGUUGGUUCUGUCUAGUGUGUGCGCCCGGGCCCCGAUGAGUGUGUGUCUACCCGAUGUGUGUGGAUAAAAUUCACGGCAUCAUGUUGUUGCCACGCCGAAAAUUGGAUUACGCAUCGAUGGCGUUUCUCCUCUUGCCCCUGCUCGUGCUUGCGACCCUGCCCGCAGUAUCCGGUUUUGUGUCGUGUUCGCCGAGCCCCUGCAAGAACGGAGGAGUGUGCGUGUCAUCGCCACGCGGCGAGUCGCAUUGCAAUUGCACGUCGAAGUACGUGGGCGAGUACUGUCAGCACCUGAACCCUUGCCACACGGGUCCACGUUGCCAAAAUGGCGGCUCCUGCAGGGUGAAGGAGAGCAUCGGGGGUGGAACACCGUCGUUCACCUGUUCCUGCCCCGUCGGAUUUACCGCGAGUCUCUGCGAGAUACCGAUCGAGAACGCAUGCGACUCAUCGCCGUGUUUGAACGGAGCCACUUGCAAUCUGAAGUCGUUGCACGAGUACGUUUGCACCUGCGCCACCGGGUACACAGGCGAGCACUGCGAGCGACAAGACCACUGCGCCUCGUCGCCAUGUAGAAACGGGGCCGAGUGUCGGUCGCUGGAGGACAGCUACAAGUGCACGUGCGCACCAGGUUUUACGGGGCCGAAUUGCGCGGACGACAUCAACGAAUGCGACAGGGACCCGUGCAAAUACGGCUCCUGCACGAACAUUCACGGAUCUUACAAAUGCAUGUGCUCGACCGGAUACACUGGCCAGAAUUGCGAGAACGAGUAUAUUCCCUGCAACCCAUCGCCAUGUAAAAACGGAGGCACGUGUCGUCAGAUGAGCGAAUUGGAGUACGAAUGCAAGUGUCCCGAAGGAUUCCGAGGCGAGCAGUGCGAGGAGAACAUCGACGACUGUCCAGGAAAUCUCUGCCAGAAUGGCGCGACCUGCAUGGACAGAGUGAACGAAUACUCCUGCCUGUGUCCACCGUCGUACACGGGCACGCAAUGCGAGCUGGACGUGGACGAGUGCUCGGUGAGACCGUCGUUGUGCCACAACGGUGCCACAUGCACAAAUUCCCCAGGCAGCUACUCCUGCAUAUGCGUGAACGGCUGGACCGGGCCGGACUGCAGCGUCAACAUCGACGAUUGCGCAGGUGCCGCUUGCUUCAAUGGUGCGACCUGCAUCGACCGUGUUGGCAGCUUCUAUUGUCAGUGCACCUACGGAAAGACCGGAUUGCUGUGCCAUCUCGAUGACGCUUGCACUUCGAACCCCUGUCACGAGGGCGCGAUCUGCGACACUAGCCCCAUCAAUGGAUCCUUCACUUGCUCCUGCGCGACUGGUUACAAGGGGGUGGACUGCUCGGAGGACAUUGACGAGUGCGAGCAGGGAUCUCCUUGCGAACACGACGGCAUCUGCGUGAACACGCCCGGUUCGUUCGCCUGCAACUGCACGCAAGGAUUCACAGGACCAAGAUGCGAGACGAACGUGAACGAAUGCGAAUCCCAUCCCUGCCAGAACGACGGCUCCUGCCUGGACGACCCUGGAACGUUUCGAUGCGUCUGUAUGCCUGGCUUCACGGGCACCCAGUGCGAAAUCGACAUAGACGAAUGCGCAGCGAAGCCAUGUUUAAACGGCGGCGUGUGCACCGACCUGAUCAACUCCUUCAAGUGUACCUGCGCGAACGGAUUCGCUGGUGCCCACUGCCAGAUCAACAUAGACGACUGCGCGUCCUCGCCAUGCAAGAACGGAGGCAUGUGCCAGGACUCAAUAGCCAAGUAUACCUGCGACUGUCCACCAGGAUUCACCGGCGCCUCCUGCGAGACGAACAUAAACGACUGCCAGUCGAAUCCCUGUCACAGCGGCACAUGCAUCGACGGAGAGAACAGCUUCAGUUGCAACUGCUACGCGGGAUUCACGGGGAAGCUAUGCCAGAUCCAGAUCGACGAGUGCGAGAGCAACCCUUGCCAAUUCGGUGGCAGAUGCGAGGAUCGCAUAAACGGGUAUCAGUGCAUCUGCAGGCCCGGCACGUCCGGCACGAACUGCGAGGUGAACGUGAACGAGUGCUAUAGCAAUCCGUGCAGAAAUGGAGCGAGGUGCAUCGACGGUAUCAACAGGUAUUCGUGCGAGUGCGAGCCAGGUUUCACGGGCCAGCACUGCGAGACGGACAUAAACGAGUGCGCGAGCAAUCCUUGCGCGAACGGCGGCCGCUGCAUAGAUCUGAUAAACGGCUACCGAUGCGAGUGUCCUCGCGGCUACUACGACGCUAGAUGCCUGAGCGACGUGGACGAAUGCGCGAGCAGCCCGUGCGUGAACGGCGGCACCUGCGAGGAUGGCGUCAACCAGUUCAUCUGUCAUUGCCUACCGGGUUACGGCGGCAAGAGAUGCGAGGCGGACAUCGACGAGUGCGGCUCAAAUCCCUGCCAGCACGGCGGUUCUUGCAACGACCGCCUGAACGGGUACAGUUGCAAGUGCGUGCCUGGCUACGCUGGCACCAACUGCGAGACCAACAUCGACGACUGCGCAAACAAUCCUUGCCAGAACGGCGGCUCCUGCAUCGACCUUGUCAACGACUACAAGUGCGUCUGCGAGUUGCCGCACACGGGAAGGAACUGCGAGGACAAGCUCGACCCUUGCUCUCCUAACAAAUGUCUCCAUGGCGCCAAGUGUUCACCGUCAUCGAACUUCCUGGACUUUGCCUGCACCUGCACCGUCGGCUACACAGGCAGACUCUGCGACGAAGAUGUCGACGAAUGCGUGAUGACCUCCCCGUGCAGAAACGGCGCUACCUGCAGGAACACCAACGGCUCGUAUCAGUGCGUCUGCGCGAAGGGUUACGAAGGACGGGAUUGCAUCAUUAACACCGACGAUUGCGCUUCCUUCCCCUGUCAAAAUGGCGGAACGUGCCUGGACGGCAUUGGCGACUACACAUGCCUCUGCGUGGACGGUUUCAGCGGCAAGCACUGCGAAAUCGACGUGGACGAGUGUCUGUCGCAGCCCUGCCAGAACGGCGCCGUCUGCAAGGAGUACGUCAACUCCUACACGUGUCAGUGUCAACUUGGAUUCUCCGGGAUAAACUGUCAAACGAACGACGAGGAUUGCACGGACAGCAGUUGCAUGAACGGUGGCAAGUGUAUCGACGGCAUCAACAACUACACCUGCGUCUGCGAACCAGGAUACACAGGGUCGAACUGUCAGUACCGCAUCAACGAGUGCGACAGUUCGCCGUGUCUGAACGGCGCCACUUGUCACGACCACGUUCAGUAUUACACUUGUCACUGUACUUACGGUUAUACCGGGACGAGAUGCGACGAAUACGUGGACUGGUGCGGGAACAAUCCCUGCGAGAACCAGGCCACGUGCGUGCAAUACAAGAACAAGUAUCACUGCAACUGCUCCCCUGGAUGGACUGGAAAGGUUUGCGAUGUGGAGAUGGUCUCGUGCAAGGACGCAGCCAUCAGGAAGAGAGUACCCGAGAAGAACCUCUGCAAUAACGGGACCUGCGAGGACAUCGGUAACAGUCAUCGCUGCCACUGCCUCGAGGGAUACACGGGAUCGUACUGUCAAGAAGAAGUCAACGAGUGUGACUCCGCUCCGUGUCAGAACGGUGCCACAUGCAAGGAUCUGGUCGGCUCCUAUCAGUGCCAGUGUACGAAGGGCUUCCAGGGUCAGAACUGCGAACUCAACGUGGACGACUGCAGGCCCAAUCCUUGCCAAAACGGUGGCACCUGUCACGACCUCAUCAGUAAUUUCAGCUGCUCGUGUCCGCCUGGAACUUUGGGCUUCAUCUGCGAGUUAAACGUCGACGAUUGCGCUAUCGGGACUUGCCACAACAACGGAACGUGUACGGAUAAAGUCGGAGGCUUCGAAUGCAGAUGUCCACCUGGAUUCGUCGGCCCCAGAUGCGAGGGCGACAUCAACGAGUGUCUGUCGAAUCCGUGCACGUCACCUGGAACGCAGGAUUGCGUACAAUUGGUCAACAACUAUCACUGCAACUGCAAGCCGGGCUACAUGGGACGCCACUGCGAGGUCAAGGUGAACUUCUGCGACAGCUCCCCCUGCCAAAACGGAGGAGUGUGCACGGCCAAGCAAGCUGGACACACAUGUCUCUGUCCUAGCGACUAUUACGGAAGCAACUGCGAAUUCGCUGGUUCGUAUUGUGAUCGUGAGCCAUGCUUGAACGGUGGUACUUGCAGAGUGGCCGAAACAGAAGUCGGGUACAGGUGUUACUGCCCUCCUGGAACCACCGGAACGCACUGCGAAAUAGACGCUAGAGACGAGUGCGCGAGCAAUCCUUGCCAGCAGUCCAACGCAGUCUGCAAGAACCUGCUUGGCGAUUACGCCUGUGAUUGUCCACCUAAAUGGACCGGCAAGAACUGCGAGAUUUACGACCCGAAUUAUAGCGGAGGAAUCUUCGGUAGAGCGAACUCGAACGGCCCGAAGAUCAUGAACGCGUACGACAUGGAUUUAAAAAUGGAAAGGAAGAAGUGCAUCGAGAACAGAUGCGAGGAGAAGUCUGGGAAUCAUCAUUGCGACGAGGAAUGCAAUAGGUAUGCCUGCAACUUCGAUGGAAAUGACUGCUCGCUGGGGAUCAAUCCGUGGCGCAAUUGCACGGCUCCCAUCAACUGCUGGGACGUGUUUAUGAACGAUGUCUGCGACGAGGUGUGCAACAAUGCUCAGUGUCUCUUCGAUGGAAGGGAUUGCGAGAGAAAACUGGCGCCUUGCAACCCCAUCUACGACGCCUACUGCCGCAAGCAUUACGCCAACGGACACUGCGACUACGGCUGCAACAACGAGGAGUGCAAUUGGGACGGUCUCGACUGCGACACGGAGCAACCAUCGUUGGCCGAAGGCGUGAUCUCCGUAGUCGUGAGGAUGGACAUGCAGACCUUCCGUUCCAACGUGGUGGCUUUCCUCAGAGACAUCGGCCACGAGUUGCGGACCACAUUAAGGGUGAAGCAGAAUGAGCUGGGCAACGACAUGAUAUACCCUUGGAAAAGAGAAGGAGAGACUAGCAUGCAAACGAACUUCUUCGGUCGUCCCACCACCAUAUACACCAACAGCGAGAGCGGCGUGAUAGCCUAUCUAGAAAUCGACAACAGAAAAUGCACCGUUACCCAGGGAGCCGUGUGCUUCCCUUCAGCAAACGAGGCAGCGGAGUACCUGGCAGCCACCGCGUCCAAGCAUUCCCUCUCACCAAACUUCCCCAUUGAGCAAGUUCGAGGAGUCGUGGGGCCCCAGGGGCCCGAUUACCCGGACACCCCGACGAACUACAAGUACGUCUUCAUCGGGGUCGUGAUCGUGGUGCUCGGAGGAAUGCUCGUGGGAGUACUGGUCACGGCGCAAAGGAAACGUGCGGUAGGCGUGACCUGGUUCCCCGAGGGUUUCCUACGCACAAGCAGCGGCAGCGGACAGCGUCGUAGAUCGCGCAGACGGGGACCUGAUGGACAGGAAAUGAGGAACCUGAACAAGCAACCAUCGGUGAACUGCAUGGACCUGGAUGUCGGGAACGGUCGGGUGCAACAGUGGUCCGACGACGAGUCCGACCUCCCGCCCUCGAAACGGAUGAGAGCCAUCGAGCCUGGAUACGCCAGCGAUCACACCGUCAUCACGGACUACGAGGAAACUGAGCCUCGCAUGUGGACGCAGCAGCACUUAGAUGCCGCUGAUAUACGAAGACCAGACGCUGGAGUACUGACACCUCCUAGUUUAGAACAUGGCCAAGACGUCGAUGCCAGAGGUCCCUGCGGGAUGACACCUUUGAUGGUGGCCGCGGUGCGCGGCGGAGGAUUGGACACUGGAGAAGAGGAAGACGAGAGCGACGGGUCAGCUGCGAUGAUCGCCGAUCUGGUCGCCCAAGGCGCAGACCUGAACGCCACUACCGACAAGAGCGGCGAGACAUCUCUGCACUUGGCGGCUCGUUACGCGAGAUCUGACGCUGCCAAGAGACUUCUUGACGCUGGAGCCGACGCAAACUCUCAGGAUAACACAGGCAGAACGCCCCUUCACUCCGCCGUCGCGGCUGAUGCGAUGGGCGUCUUUCAAAUACUGUUACGAAACAGAGCGACAAACCUCAACGGACGCAUGCACGACGGCACCACGCCACUCAUCCUGGCCGCGCGUCUGGCCACCGAAGGUAUGGUCGAGGAUCUCAUUAAUGCUGACGCUGACAUCAACGCAGCCGACAACAGCGGGAAGACUGCUCUGCAUUGGGCCGCGGCUGUGAACAACGUCGACGCCGUGAACAUACUACUCGUCCACGGCGCCAACAGAGACGCCCAGGACGACAAGGACGAGACCCCGUUGUUCCUCGCUGCCAGAGAAGGCAGCUUCGAGGCCUGCAAAGCGUUGCUCGAUACGUUCGCCAACAGGGAGAUCACCGAUCACAUGGAUCGGUUACCCAGAGACGUGGCCAGCGAGAGAUUGCACCACGACAUCGUGAGAUUGCUCGAGGAACAUGUACCGAGAUCCCCGCAGAUGGUGACCGUGAUACCGAACGGUCCGCUCAUGGGAUCCCCAAACCACCCACAACUAAUCACACAUCCCACAGUGAUCGGUUCAGCGCCGAAGCAAGGGAAGUCGAAGAAACGACCGAAAACCGUCGCAGCGGGAAACCCAAACAGUCCAGAAUCGGAAGGUGGCGUGGUGGUGGUAAGGCGAAAGCCAUCGGUGAAGAAGCCGCCAGCGAAACGAGGUGCUCAGCCCCCAAACCAGGAGAUCCCUCAGGGAGCAGAGGGCGCGGAGGGAAACUUGCCCAGUCCCUACGACAGCGCGAGCCUGUACAGCAACGCUCUCCCUCUGGUGGGUCACACGGCCACGGCGAAGCAACCGCCUCCCUACGAAGAUUGCAUAAAGGGCCAGUCCAUGCAGGGCCUUCAACAACUAGGUCUGGACACCUUCACGACCAACUACGGGUUACCUAACUUUCACGACCAGCUCCUGGCGCCUCACCAGCGACAGGCGCAAGGCAUGGUGAACACUCUGUCGCCGCCCUAUAGCAACCAGUCGCCACCGCACUCUGUCCAAUCGAACAUGACGCUGUCGCCUCAGGCAAGCUAUAUGGGCUCGCCCUCCCCGGCAAAAAGUCGACCGUCUUUGCCCACGUCGCCCACACACAUUGCCGCCAUGCGACAGGCGACGCAUCAAAAGCAUGGGGGCAUGCCACCCGUGGGCUUCGACUUCGAAAAUCUUCCCUAUUCCUCGAGUCAGCAGCAGCAGCAGCAGCAGCAACAACAACAACAACAACAACAGCAGCAGCAGCAGAUACAACAGACGCAACAGCAAAUCCAGCAACAGCAGCAACAGCAACAGCAAAGCACCCAACAGCAGCAGCAGCAACAGCAACAGCAACAGCAGACGCAACAGUACUACCAGUACUUGACACCGCCCUCUCAUCACUCAGGACCGGACGUGACGCCACAACACUUGAUGCAGGCCCCAGAGAGCUUCCCGACCCCGUCGCCGGACAGCCCUGGCCACUGGUCAUCUAGCUCGCCUCACUCGAACAGCGACUGGUCCGAGUGCAUGGCCUCGCCUAACGCCUAUAGUGCUGGCGGUGCUCACCAAAGCAACAAGGGCUCCGAGGCGAUCUACAUAUGAAACCAGGCGAUGCUCCCUUCCUCGCGCGAGUCGUAAGUCGUAAAGCCGUGGGAACCCGCAUGAACUGUGAUCGACUCGUCGAGUUCGAGGGUGAUUCUCGCCGGAUGUGUACGCGCAGAAACGCCUCCAGGGCUUCCCCUUAAAACCCCAGGUCCAUGCACUCCGUCCAGGAGGUGGAAAACUCUGACAACCAAACCAGUUGCGUACAGAUGUAAAUUUGAUAGCCGUUACAGGAAUUACUCGAGUUAAGUUGUACAAAGUUCAACAGUGGUUAUGCAAAUGAUUAUUCAGUGUUCCUUGGGAAAUUUACAAGACACACUAUAUAGUUGCAUCGAGUGGCAAAGGAGUCCAUCUGCUGGUAUAGCCCUAUGAUAUUCACGAUACGGAUUCGUUAUUUAAUUUCAGGCGUAAAUAUUCAAACGUCAGUUUGUCACUAGUGCAGGCACUCUCUAACUAAACCAGCUUCACUGUUGAUUCGCUGCAUCUGCCGUAAGAGAAUCAAUAGAAGAUGUACAAAAAUAUCGAAUAGAAAAUAUAUAUUUUUAGGGCACAAUCUACAAUAGACUCCUAGGCAAAGACAUAGUAGAACGAUUAGAUCUGUUGUGAAUCGUGUGGCUUGGUUACCAGAGUCUUCUUCUCGCUGAACAAAGUGUUGUAGAUACUCUCCCGUCAAGUCGCGGACGCGAUGGCAUUCCUCUCGAGGUCAGCCCACGCACCGUAGCUACUCACACGAUAGAAAUAUAGAUAAACAAUUGUGCACCCCGAAGGGAUAUUUUUCUGGGUCGCUGUUUACACGUAACAUGGUUCAUCGUGCCUUUCUCAUAUUGUAACCGCGAGGCGGUUUAAGUGUACGACGGGAGAUUGAAGUAGCCACAGGGUGGUCCACAGGUUUCCGUACAGAGCCAAUUCUGUGGUUGGAAGUAAGACGAAAAUGUCAAGUGCAUAUCUGUUUCAGGUAUUUUAAUGUAAUUGAAAGAAAAUUAUUCGACGUAUUAUUCAUACAUAUUUCUGAAUGAAGCAAUAGCAAGGAAUCGAAACAGUAUAUUUUUAUAAAUAUUUUGAAAAUAAGGUGCUACUGUAGUAUACAAUUCUGAGUCGUAUUAAUCACCUGAUAACAGAGACAUUAUUUAUAUACUCUUGCACUGUAUCGCAUUAACGGUGCAAUUAUUAUCCUUUCCUAGACAUUUCAUAAUUUUAUCAUUGCCUUUUAGGAAAGCAUUUAUGAACCUAUACUUGAGAAACAUUAUCGCCUAAUCUUUAACUACGGAAGGUGUUUGGCUAAGUUUGCGGGAACUCGUGGGGAGAUAUCCUGUACAUAUAUUUUCAUUUUAUAUCAACCGAUCCAUUUACUCGUAUCUCAGCUCAAUGAACAAUGGUGCCUUCGACUUGCCACAGUGUGAAGACCCGAUAGACAGUUAAAGCGAUAAGGAACGAGACCUUGCUAUCUACAAUAGUAUUGUAUAUAGGACAACAUAUAUGGAGAGGCGGAAAAUCAUACAGCGCUACACAUGUAUUCGACGAGGACGACUAAUAGAGUGUAAUAUGUAAUAAUUCUAUUUAAUAUGUAACGCAAAACAGAGCACAUUUAUAAAUAAAAUAUCUGUAUCUCCGGGGGAGGUCGAACACCCGACACGGCGAGCCCGAAUCCGAGGAGAAUCUCUGCACCGCGCUAGAAUGAUAAACCGAGAAUCGUGCCUUCGAAUGUCGUAGGGUAAGGGAGUAAUGCUGUAGGUAAAUCUAUUAAAUUAUGUGUUUUUCUUUCCCGAUGAAACGCAGCGUUUCCAAAUGGCCUUUAACGAUUUAACGUUUAUUACCGAUUAGCGGGGAGAUUUAAUGUAAGAUAGGUGAAACGGUAAAUGAUUUGUACGGUCGACGGGAGUCUCAGAGAAAUCGUCUUCAUCCCGCGAAUAAUCGUUCCAUACACAGACAUUCCAUUCGCUUGGCGCUACCUCAUCUAUUCCUCGUAUACUCCUGUCGAAAUGCUUCGCCGACUAGGAUAACCGCGAAUCGCUCUAUGAAACUUUUGCCAUCUUAUGCAACGGGAACAGAGAUUCUUUGAUAUGGAUCUGUCUUGAAUGCAAAAAUGGAGUUUCAGAACUAUAGAAUCGAAGUAACCGACUAGUAGAUGCGAGACGAUGACUUAUGCAACGUAUUUCUGUAAAGUAAUUGUUUUUGGAAAGUUUUUAAGUCUGUAUAGUUCUUUGAAAUAAUUUAUUGAUACAUCCAAACAUAUUCGCUACUAGUUGACCAAGAGUUGAAGAAAGUUCAGAAGAAGUCAUGUAAUUUUCCUCAAUCCAAUGGUAAUACAGUUAAUCCAACUUCGAUGGAAUGUUUCCUUUCCAUAAUUAAAUAACUUUGAUUUAAUUCUUCCAUGCUACAAUUAAAACUUUGUAUUUUCUUUUUACAAGCUCCUAACAUCCAAUCAAUUUUGUAUCUAUAGUUCUGGAAUACUCUGUAGCGAGAUACUUGUGAUACUCUUCUUGGUGCACUCUAAGUCCAAAUGUAUUAGACUUCUGGCACUCAAGUGUACCUUUAGCUUUUAUUAUAUUUACAGUCUUGCGAUAUACAGAAUAAUUGUGAAUGUUGUCGAAUGUGGUCUACAACUUAACACUUAAACUAUUGGCUUAUUUAGAAAUCAUACAACUUAGAAGAGAACUUUCUACAUUAGUAUAUAUCACUGUAGGUUGACAUUAACGUCUACACACUGUUAUUAGAUGUGUUAAAAACUUUAUCUGUUUUCCAAAAUUGAGCAUCUUAAGCAAACAAUCAACGAUGCAGUUCAUAACUUCCAAAACACAUAUAAAAUGUUGAGUCUAAAAAAAGCCUCUCACGCGUGCCUCAACACAACUUGUAUCUAAAAGUGUGAAAUAAUUUAUCCGUUUUGAACGCAAGAGUUUCGAUCGAGUCGAUAGGUCAAGGAAAGUACGCGGAUGCGCCUGGUAAUUACUGUCUUCGAAUCGUUUACUAACAAGCUAGCGUAAUUCUUAACGUUAAUAUGUAAUAGAAUCCCUUUAAAUUAAAUUAAGCACGCGACGGACGGGCGAAAGACGAUUCUCGCUGAUCUCUCAUCUGCCAAAGUCAAAAGAGAGUUCUUGAAUCAGUGAUUCUUAACUUUUCUGAACUUACAAAGUUCAAGAAUAAAUAAGCCUGAUAAUUAAUCAUGAGCGUUUAUGGUAACAAUUUUAAAAACUACACAAAAUGAUGAACUGUUGAAUAAUCAUGUAUGUAAUUUCUAAACUGAUGUAAAAGGAUACAAUAAUUAUAAGAACAAGGCAAAUGUAUCUUUAUUUAAGAGAAUAUUGUAAUCGACAUUUUUUUCUAUAUUAUAAGUACAAAAGCGUUGUAAAAUAGGACAAUGAAAUUAUUUGAUCAUAAAGCUUAGAAUGAUGAUGAGUGAAUACGAAGAACAACAAAUUUCCAUUCUUGUGUCAAAUUGUAUGACUUGUUAUUAUUCUCAUUUUCUUGAACAGGUAAUCUUGUUUCUCUGUUUCGUUAGAUUUUGAAAUUUGUAUUACAAAAGUAAAGGAGCAAUUAGGAUUCACUCUGCUCGUAUAAGCAAAUGCGUAUCAUCGAAAAUUUCUCGGAUUUAUCAUUGAACAGGGCACUAUGGUUAAGAAUCACUGUCUUAGGUAAUGCGUAAUCAGGCGGCGUGAUUGGACGGUGGCGCGUACGCGCAUAAUAGGGUAUAGACAUUAAUCGUAGGAUUGUUACGAGAGAAAAGAACUAAUUAUUUGGUCGGCGAGAUGGAAUUCUCCGUGCACGCAUGCAAUACGUCCACCAGUGAUUAGAGAGAACCACUAACGGAUCAGGACCGCGUAGAAACCGUGUUUUAUCCUUCGCGUUUCUACAAAAAAGAGGAAGUUUGUAAAUACUCUUUAUCGUUUCUUUUUCCCAUGGCCCACCUUCCCCUCCUACUCCUCCACAUACCUCACUCCUGCCCCCCCAUUCUCUGUCCGUUCAUCUUACGUACUAUCCAGUACUUUUUUUUUUCUUUUAUAUGCAAUAAUUGUCUUUUCUCUCGAUUUUGUACAAACUGUUUUUACAUAUUUUUAUAUUAUGUAAGUUUAGAUAUUGAUAGUUUUGUAAGGCGACUCCCAAUAUACAGUAAACAAUAAUGUUUCCUUUUAUCAUAUUAUGGAUCAUAGAAAAGAAUAUAAAUAUAUAUAUACGAAUUAGAUAUAUAUAUUUUAUAUGUAUAUUUUGUGUGAUUGGCCGUUGCAUCGGGGAUUCGUGAUUGCGUCCCGUUUUAUCCGCGAUGCAAUUCCGAAUUACACGGGAGGUGUGUUUGUGUGUAAUGGAGCUUUCCGAUUACGGAAGAUGAGGGUCCAACGCAAUUUCUAUGACUAUUCUCGCGAAACCUGUAUGCUCCUAAGGAGAAACAUUUUUUUUUAUUUAUAUAUAGAUAUAUAUAUAUGAAGAAAAAGAGAGAGAAAACUUUUGUAACUAAUUAAAUGUAUUCUUCACGCGACUGCCUUUGUAUUUGUUAAAGCCGAAUGAAAAGUCUGCCAAAUGUCGAACGAAAAUAUCAAGAGAAAUAAUAUGUUAAUAUUUUUUUAAUUAGUAUAUUGUAAAGGAUACUAUGAAAGAGCUCAAAACGAAGAGGUUCGACAACGAUGACCUUGCGAAACCCUGUGUUCAGAGAAAUAGAAUUUGAUAUUUUCGGCCGCUUAGGCGAUCGUCGAUCAAUCGUGAAUAUAUAUGUAUAUGAUCGUUGAACAACGGGCGUGAUUAAACAAUUAAUGUGUUCAAAAUUUAUGAUGUCAUCCGGGCUCUCAGCAGCGCCGAUAUUCUCUGUGUUAAACAAACAAAAGACGAUAGAUAAGCUACGCGCUCCAAUUUAUCAGUUAUCUAUGGAUAAGUUUAGAGAGCAAAAACUUCCGAUUAUUAAUGAUAGAUCUUGUUAUUCCUUGUAACUUGUAAAAAGUACUGAGUUUUAUUAGUAUUAACUAUUCCAUAAACUAUAAGGAUUUGUUUCGAUCCUAUUAUAUCCUGCCAACCCUCGAACCUUACGCCCUCGUCCUGAAUUACUCCCUCUACCUACCCACAAAUCCUCAUAUUUUUAUAAAUAAGUUAUGUCUUUUAAAUGGAUGUAAUAAUAAAGAUAAUCUAACAUUCACAAUAGGGUUGUUGUUCUAUUCUAUUGUGCUAUGCUUCCGCGUUUUAUUCCUUUUUAAUAAUAUAAGCAUAGAUACUUUUAGUAUAUUAAAACAGAUUUUACACAACAAUCAAAUUGUAUUAUAGCAAUAAAAAAUAAAAAAAAACCUGAAAAUAUCC